AUGAAAGAGCUGCUUGGCUUUGUGGAUAUUGAAAGGCCCGUCGUAAUAAUUAAGUGCAAAUUUGUAGUCAGUGUUCAUUUGGUUUGUGGUGCUAAAGACAAGGGCCUGAGGGUCAAUGGAUCAGUCAUAAUGCCUACUAAGGUUCUUCACAUCAUUGCCAGGAAGUCACCUUUUGGUAAAGACUUGCAAAUGACGACCACCACCAAACGUGCUUAUAAGCUACAGGAAUUCGUAGCUCAUUCUUCAAGUGUAAACUGCUUAAAGAUUGGGAGGAAAUCAUCAAGGGUUCUUGUGACUGGAGGAGAAGAUCAUAAGGUCAACCUUUGGGCCAUUGGCAAGCCCAAUGCCAUACAGAGUUUGUCGGGUCAUUCGAGUGGAGUUGAUUCCGUAAGCUUUGAUUCUUCGGAGGUGUUGGUUGCUGCUGGAGCAGCAAGUGGUACAAUUAAGCUUUGGGAUUUAGAGGAGGCUAAGAUUAUUCGCACUCUCACUGGUCAUCGCUCCAAUUGUAUAUCGUUGGACUUCCAUCCCUUUGGGGAGUUCUUUGCAUCUGGAUCUCUGGACACAAAUCUAAAAAUAUGGGAUAUUCGAAGAAAAGGGUGUUUACAUACAUACAAGGGUCAUACACGGGGCGUUAAUGCCAUCAGGUUUACACCCGAUGGCCGCUGGGUGGUGUCUGGUGGAGAGGACAACACCGUGAAGCUGUGGGAUUUAACUGCGGGCAAGCUGUUGCAUGAGUUCAAAAGUCAUGAGGGCCAGGUUCAAUGCAUUGAUUUCCAUCCCCAUGAAUUUUUGCUGGCCACAGGUUCAGCUGACAGGACUGUUAAGUUCUGGGAUCUUGAAACUUUUGAACUAAUAGGUUCAGCUGGGCCUGAGUCCACAGGAGUGCGUUGUAUGACCUUUAAUCCUGAUGGGAGAACUCUUCUUUGUGGCUUGCAUGAGAACUUGAAGGUCUUUUCAUGGGAACCAAUUAGAUGUCAUGAUACUGUAGAUGUGGGGUGGUCCAGAUUAUCAGAUCUCAAUGUUCAUGAUGGGAAGCUUCUUGGAUGUUCAUAUAACCAAAGUUGUGUUGGAGUAUGGGUUGUAGACAUAUCGCGUAUUGAACCAUAUGAAAUUGGUAGUGCUGCUCGAUUGAACAACUCAGAGCCUAAAUCUAAAUCUGGUGGGUCCACCAUACUAACUGAGGACACUAUUGGGGGCAAUUUGGGCAGGAUUUCCAUUUCACAAAAUUCUGAUUCUGCGAAGGAAACUAGACCUCUUGCAAGGCUUUCUGUCUCACAGAAUUCAGAUCUGAAUGGGGACUCUAAAUCUCUUGCAUCUGCUGUAAAUGCCCCUGCAACUCCACAAAGGGGAAAUCUCAGUGUUGUUCCAAGAACCACUCAAAUCAAUUCAGUAGCAGUUACCAAUGUGACAGCCCCCAAGAGGCAUUCUAUAAAGGUCCCGUCAACAGCCAAUAUUUCAGUAUUCAACAGAUCAGAGGUUAUACCUGUGGUUGUACCAAGAAAUAAUCCGAGAAUAGAGCAGGCUGCUGAACAAAGAAAAGAAGGAGCCCCACUUAGAACGCUGCCACUAUCCAUGCAGUCAAAAACAUCAGAUGUUCGAAAAUUUUCGCCUGUCAGAGAUGACUUGGAGAGGUCUACUAUUUCUUCAUUGUCUGAAACUGAGAGAAAUGCCAAGGAUGAUAAACGUAUGCUUUCUGGAAAAAUGGAAACAGAUGCAGCGGUCGACGCUCUUGCCACAUGCCAGCGGGAAAGUUAUGAAUUUUGUGGGAACAACUUGCAUGGGGAUACCUCUCUCAUGGAAAGUAAAAAAGGAGGUAGAACACGACUUGCUGCGAAUUGGGAGAAGAAAGACAGAAUAUCUAAUCAUGCAGUUCUAGCUUCAAGCGCUCUCUCUCAAAACUUACCUUCUAGAGGCUAUCCGUCAACUGGCGAAAACGAAUCAGUGUCCGCUAGUGAGGAGGAUGCUAUUGCUGACUUGAUGGAACAGCAUGACCAAUUUGUUGGCUCAAUGCAGUCUCGUUUAGCCAAAUUACAGGUAGUCCACAAUUACUGGCAACGGUAUGAUAUCAAAGGGGCCCUUAGUGCAUUGGAGAAAAUGGCUGAUCAUUGUGUGCUUGCUGAUGUAAUGUGCCUUCUAGCAGAAAAAACUGAUAUUGUCACAUUAGAUCUUUGCACUUGUCUUUUGCCACUGCUCUCAGGACUACUUGAUAGUGACAUGGAUAGGCAUAAAGAUAUUUCAUUGGAGAUGCUGAUUAAACUGGUCAGAGUAUUUGGCUUAAUGAUCUAUUCUUCAUUGUCGGCACAAUCGUCUGUUGGUGUGGAUAUUGAGGCAGAACAAAGGCUGGAACGUUGCAACACGUGCUUUGUGGAACUCGAGAAAGUCAAGCGUUGCCUGCCCCUCCUUUCAAGAAGAGGUGGUUCAAUUUCCAAGUCUGCACAGGAGCUGAAUCUAGCACUUAAAGAAGUAUCGUGA